AUGCACUCUCUCUCCGUGCUCGCUCUCGCCACUGUUGCUGCUGCGGCGUCUUCGUGCGGCCUGCGCAAGUUCGAAAAUCUGGUAACCUUCGGUGACAGUUGGACAGACACUGGUCGUUUGGGAUACUUCAUCAAUAACGAUGGCAAGGCCCCGCCGGCCGGCGAGUCUCUCCCCGAAAGUAGCAAGACCGCAACGGGCGGGCUGGCUUGGGGCCAAUUCGUCGCCAACGAGACUGGCGCGAAAUACUUCAAUUACGCCGUCAGCGGCGCAUGCAGUUCGGACGAGAUCAUCAAGCGCCAAUUCGAUCUGAUCAAGCGGCCAUUCCCGUCGGUCCUGGACUACGAGGUCCCGGCAUUCGAGGCAGACAUCGCUUCGGGCAAGUUGUACGACAACCGCAAGGCCGAUAACACGCUUUACGCGCUGUGGAUCGGAACCAACGACCUGGGUUACGGUGCGUUCCUCAGCGAUACGCAAGCCGCUGGAACGACCAUCUCGACCUUCGUUGAGAGCAUCUGGACGAUUUUUGACCGGCUCUACAAGACGGGCGGCCGCCACUUUGUGCUCUUCAACGAGGCACCGCUCGAGAUCUCGCCUCUCUAUGCGCCUUCGGACCAGGGUGGCUUCCAGGAUAGCAACUUCUGGACGAACAAGACGGCGUAUAACACGACGGCCUACUCGUUCAAGAUGCUUCAGUACACGACAAACGUCAACACCCUAUUCGACUACGGCGUGCCUUUCAAGCUUCUGGUGGAGAAGCGAUGGCCUGGCGCGACCUUUGGUAUUUACGAUGUCCACAGCCUGAUGCGCGACAUUCAUGCAGAGCCCGAAAAGUACCUGACGGCUCCGGCCAACGUGCAAGGGGUGUACCAUGAGUGCAACCCGGCCACGGGUCAGUGCGUUGAUUCGUCGAGCCCGCUGUCGAGCUUCAUGUGGUACGAUGAGCUGCACCAUUCGGAGCGAACUGCUGAAGUCAUCGCGAAGCAUUUCGUCGACGUUGUGCAUGGAAAGUCGACAUACGGGACCUACUACGGUUCAGCCUCGAGGGGUGGAAACUGA